AUGAAGGACAUUACAGUGAAACUUGGAGUAAAGCCAGACUGUAAACCAAAAUUUCUAAAGGCAAGACCAGUUCCAUAUGCUAUUAAACCCAAGGUCGGCAAGCUAAACCGUCUUGUUGAAACUGGAGUACUAAAACCAGUGAUUGUGAGUGACUGGGCUACUCCCAUUGUUCCAGUCUUAAAGAAAGAAGCUCAAUUAGACUAUGUGAAGAUUUUUAAGGUUACAGUAAAUCCAGUUUUAGCCACUGAAAGAUACCCACUACCACUGAUUGAUGAUCUAUUUUCAGGCCUUUCUGGGGGUCAGAAAUUCAGUAAGAUAGAUCUGUGUCAGACCUAUCUGCAAAUGCAUGUCGAUGCGAUGGACCAAAUUCUGAGUGGGUUGACAGGGGUACAGUGCUAUGUGGACGACCUGUUGAUCACAGGUGUGAAUGACAGCGAUCAUCUUAGAAACCUUGAUGCUACGCUGCAAAGGCUAGAGGAGUAUGGCCUUCGUGUUAAGAAGGAUAAAUGUGAAUUCUUCCGUUCAUCAGUAAAGUACCUGGGUCAUGUGAUUGACAGUGCUGAACUCCACAAAGCACUGUCAAAAGUGAAAGCAGUACUGGAUGCACCAUCGCCACAAAAUCCACGUCUGAGGUGCCAGAUUUUAGAAGAGCAACACUCAGGGCACUGUGGUGUUGUAAGAAUGAAGGAGAUUGCCUGCAGCUACUUCUGGUGGCCAGGGUUAGAUGCACCAAUCGAGGAGAAAGCUAAGGCUUGUUCAUCUUGUCAGAAACAAAGAAACAUGCCACAAGUUGCACCUCUACACCAAUGGGAAUUUCCAGCUGAGCCAUGGCAAAGAUUUCAUAUAGACUUUGCUGGUCCCUUUGAAAAUCAAAUGUUUCUUGUUGUUGUAGAUGCUCACAGAAAAUGGCCAGAAGUUGCAGUCAUGAAGAGUACGACAUCGGAAAGAACUAUUGAAGAGCUUAGAUCAAUUUUUAGUCGUUUUGGGUUGCCAGAACAACUUUUUAGCGAUAAUGGGCCACAAUUGGUAUAAGAAGAAUUCCAAACUUUCUUAAAUACCAAUGGAAUCAAGCACAUAAGAUCAGCUCUGUAUCACCCAGCUACGAAAGGGUUAGCUGAGAGAUUUGUUCAGACAAUGAAACAAGCUCAGAACCUACCGGUCGCCGUUAGCCAUCCAGAAUAAGACAACCUCCAGACAGACUGAAUGUUUAGUUUAGAGGCAAACCCAUGGAGUUGAGGCAGAAUAAACCCCAGUGUUGAGCCCAGGAAAUGAGGCAGUCUACCCUCUUUUACACAAUGUUGUUACUGUUAUAUUGUUAUACUGUUGUAUUAUUGUUGCUGGUAUUUGUUACAAAAAAAAGAUACAACAAAUUAGCAUAAUUGAAAGAAAUUGACAGUAAUGCAGUAGCUGUAAUAUAAUUAAGAGACCAUUGAAAGUAAAAGAGGAGGAAUAUGUUAUGUAUUAUAGGAAACGCGUUUUGAGCUGUACGGAGCACCAUACUGUAUCAGUGUUAUUGUAGUCCAUAAAUGUGAAGUAAAGAAGCUAAAUGUGUU